UACAUAAAUUCAAGAUGGCUGCGCCCAUGAGAAUGAUAAGAUUUUCCCAAAAAUUUAAUAUUUACCAAGAUUUGGGACAUUCUUUGCUUCCUUUUCACUGUAUUAAUAGAUCCCCAUGUCAACAAGUUUCCAGGAGAUUUUUUGCAAAAGAUGUCUUUAAAUCUUUGAUUGCUGGAAAAUCGUUGAAACAAGUUGCCUUUGCCAGUUUUGCCCUUGGCCUUGGUGUUGGUGGGACAACACUGUUUGUUGGUCAUAACUGGAAUCGACUUAAAGUUAGUGCCGACACCAAAACAGCACAAGACGUUAAGAUUUCAAAAAGUAUACGAGUCAACUCAGAUGAUAGUGGAUUAAAAUUAACAUUGUAUCAGUUUCAAACUUGUCCUUUCUGUUGUAAAACAAGGGCUUUUUUGGAUUACUACGGGUUUUCAUAUGAUGUAGUUGAAGUUAAUUCUGUAACAAAGAAACAAAUAAAAUGGUCAGAUUACAGAAAAGUUCCUAUUGUAGUAGUAAAUGAUGCUGGAGAGGGGGGACCCGUACAAUUGAAUGAGUCUUCGGUUAUUAUAAGUCUACUAGAGUCCUACCUCACCAAUCCAAGUUUUAAAAUAGAUCAAUUAAAAACCUUCUAUCCUUGUAUCGAGUCUAAAGAAGGAAGAAAAACUGUUUAUGAUUUUCCCAAUAGGUACUUUAUAAUGUUUGGAGAGAAAGAACCCAAGACGACACCAGAUGCUAGAAAAAGUGAAAGAACAUGGCGAUUUUGGGCUGAUGAUCAUCUUGUCCAUAUGUUAUCACCAAAUGUUUAUCGUACCCCAUCUGAGGCUCUCGCUACCUUCCGUUAUUUCUCCGAGGUUGGAGAAUGGGAGAAGAAUUUUAGUACACUAGAAAGGUUAACAGUUAUUUAUGUAGGAGCAUCAGUUAUGUACUUAUUAGGAAAACUGCUCAAAAGAAAGUAUAAAUUAAAGGAUGAUGUACGAGAAUCUUUGUAUGAUUCGUGUAAUGAAUGGGUGGCUGCUGUGGGUAAAAAACGAAAGUUUAUGGGAGGAGAAAAUCCUGAUUUAUCAGAUCUAGUUGUGUAUGGUGUUCUGAGUUCUAUAGAAGGAUGUUCAGCCUUUCAAGAUGCUUUAAUCCACACCAAGAUUGGUCCCUGGUAUUAUCGUACUAAAACAGCUGUUCAAACUAAUCAGGGAGCUGCUCUACGACACAACAAAUAACCACAGUUCAUGGCCUUAGUUGGAAGAGUGUAUAAAUUAUUGGAACGUUUCGUAACAUUUGUUACAUAUUAUGAUAUGAAAAUGUGAAUAGAAUAUUCAGAUUAUAGCUAAACACGCUAAAGGGAGUGGCUGACUGGACUGAAUCCCAGGGGCCACAAUAUUAGUUAAUUAACAGAAAAACAAAAUUGGGUGUGUAAAAUAAAUGUCAUGCUUAGAUAGAGUAGUUGAGGAGCAAUGGAUGCCGACUGUCAGCAAUGUGAUGAGUGUGGGAUAACGAUAUCUUGUAUCGGGGGUGGGGGUAGAUGGCCGAAUGGUUAGCACGUGCUCGUUGUAUCAUAAGGCCUGUCAUUGAGUCAACUGGCGUGGUUUCGAAUCCCUGGAUGUACGUGACAAGGAAUAUGGUCGCCUGUCCAACCUCGUGGGUUUUCUCCGGGUCCCCAGGUUUCCUCCCACUGCUAAAGACCCCUACGCGCAAGCGAAUUAUUGAAAUAAAAUUAAACCAUAUGUUAUUCUCGAAAUGACUUGGUUUGUGUUGAGUGGAUGUUAACCCCAUUUUUCUCUCUCUCUUGUACCGAGAUCUUAUCCAUGCUACAGUGUGCAGAAGUUUGCCUGAAUGUAUUGUAGUUUCUUGAAUUCUUAUUCUAAUACAAUUAUGGCAAAUAAUUUCUUGAUCUUGUACCAAGAUCUUUGUUCAUGGUACAGUGUACAGACGUUUGCCUGAAUGCCUGAAAAUCAAAUGUAAUAUUGUUUCUUAAAUUCUUAAUACAUUUAUGGAAUGAAUUUUUUUCUUUAUUCAAAGUCAAAGAUGCUGGAUUGCUAGUACAGGUAAUCAUUUUGAUGGAAAGGUCUCGGUUUCAAUUACACCUAGGGGCUUCAUGCAAACUUGAUUUGGCUCUUUGACAACUGUCAUUAAAGCUUUUAAAAUGAAAUGAAAUGGGGUUUAACCUCUUACUUUUCUGCACCGACUGGGCUACAUCAUACAGUAUGCUUUGUGGGCAACUUUGCCCGGACAGUGGCACUACAGCCUACUCUUAUAUCAAAUUUCAACAGCCAAAGGUUCUUUUACGUGUAUGCCAAUAUGUACAAUGGAACGACUAUACGUUGUCCAUCCUGCAUCACUGACAACAGAGAACCACGCCAAAAAAUCCAUUUCAUUUUUCUCGGCCAACCUCCAAUACAUUCUGAGACCUCCAAGAUCUUGCUCACUUUGUCACCGCUGCUCCCUUAAAGCUUUCAAGCAAAUGUCCUAAUCCUUAUAUGCUAAUACAUUUUUACCGUUUUAACUAGGCAUGUUAGCCUUACAAGGUUCAUCAAAUAUGGCCUGGAAGGGUUAAUGUUGGAAUAAAAACGUGAAAGAAGAAUGGUAGGAGAAAAAUAGUAUUAUGGCUUUUUUUAGAGGUACAUUUAGAAAACAAACGUCUUUUGUAGUUGGUAUAAUGUUUUAAAAUUCAUACAUACAUGGAAGAAACAACUGCUGUUUUAUAUUGCAUUUAUUUAUUACUAAUAAUAAUAUAUACAUAAAUACACAUAAUAAUAUUCAAUUAAAGCGGAAAUUGCAAAUUUUCUAAGAAAGUCAAAACGUAAUUAUUUCUAUGUCUUUUGCUCAAUAGGUUGUCAACUCACAAUUAUACGAUCAUAGGUGUCAUUCUCACACUUAAGAUUCAUUUACACAGGAAAUAAUAACACAAUUACCUCCAUUGUUUUCUAUUCUCCACGAUGGAGUAGCGAUAUUCAAACGUUUGAAAAUGAAGAGGAAAAUGAUAUUUUUGCCAAUUUCUCAGCUCGCUAUAGUGAAUUAUAGGAUUAAUAGGAUUAUUCUUUAACAAGGUAGGACUGUUUAUGGAUACCAUCUUUUUUCAGGCUUUAUUUUAAUAAAUUUUAAAAAUAUAACUUAAAAAUUUGCAAUUUCCGCUUUAACAAUUACAAAAACUACUAAUACCCAGUGGAAUGUUAAUAAAUCUAUCUUUUAAAAAUACAUUAUGCAAGAGCUAAAUCUGCCUAUUGCAGGUCCUUCUUUAGGCCCGAAAUGUUCCCUAAAUUAUUAAUUAGACAUUGAUUAACUCCUCCAGACCAUAAUCAUCUCUCGAUGGCAUCGGGUUUCUCCGAUAUUAAAUAGAUUAGAACAGUUCAGCCAUAUUUUGAUUUAAGCUAAAAAUGGAGGAGCGAGACUUAGCUUUGAACAACCAGUACGGUGGUUGAAAUUAUUGCACACGUCUUGUCAAAAUUUCAAAGGCCAAUAUCUUCACCCGCAAUAGAGUAAAUUGAAUGAAAUUUUCAAAUUAUUCAUUUUACAUUAUCUAUUUUCGAACUAUUAUAGCAAGAAUGGCUAGCUCUUUAUCUAAAUCUUACAUAAUGUAUCUUUAAAUUAACAAAUCCUGUGUAAUUCAGCAGAUAAAUUUGUAUAACAAUACAAAUAAAAAGAUAUUGAAAACAUACAUUGUACGAGAAAUUUAUGACAAAUUCAUAUAUUCUUUAAGUUGCAUUUAGUAACUGGGUAGAUAAAUAAACUAUAACACAUACUUAUGGAAAAACAGCUACUGAUUUAUUUGGGCAACGUUUGGAAGAAUAUUAGCUUGAAAAUGUUGAGAGAAUACUCUUCGAAAUGUCGCCUAAAUAAAUCAGUAGCUGUUUUCCAUAAACUAUUUUAAAAAUGUUCAGAAGCAUAUAUUUGAACUAGUUCAAAAUAAAAUUUACCGUUUUUAAACCUGUCUCGGUGUCUUUCAAAAUGGCAGUGAAUUUUGAUUUCGGUUGUUCAUAUGUAUUUGAAUCUGAUUAAAAUAUAGAUCUUUAUUUCGUUUCGUUUUUUUAUACUUUCGAUGUCCUUCACUACAUGAAGGUCGCGUCAGGUGUCUUCGUCAGACAUUGCUUAAUCAAUCAGCAUUGACGUUCCUAGUAGUUUACCCACAGUUCCAUGCAUCGCACGCCAAGAACUCGCCGUAACAGACUGUUUCAUUGGCUAAUCUCUCACUUCAACUAAAAAGCCUCUUAUAUAACAACUCUUCCAGAUGCUAGUGUUGUUAAGACAAGUAAAACGAAAUUUUGAACUAUAAAAAAUAAAACGAAAUAGGAUCUGUGUUUUAAUCAGAUUGCAUGUUCAAUGAACAUGACUACAUGUACUUCCACAAUGUACAAAUUUUUUUAGCAAAUUUACAAGUUCUUAAAAUAUUUGUUUACAAACAUUCGUUAUUAAGAUAAAUUUGUGUAUAAUGUUCUUGAGGUAUCAAAAUGUAGUACACGUAACUUGCACGUUUAUUAAAUUCAUUUUGUUACCCCUUUAGAAUAUCUUUUGAGAUAGUUGUGUAUAUUCAAACUUAUUAAAACAUAAAGGGUCAAAAUCAUAAGGAUAUACACAUGUAUAAGUAAAUUCCUUGCCAAUAUUCACUUCUUAAACAUGCAUUAUGCAUUGCAAGAGCUAGAUCUGUCUAUUGCAAUUCUUUCUUUAGGACUGAAAUGUUAUCUAAAUUAUUAAUUAGGCAUUAAUUAACCUAUCCAGAUGGUCAUAAUCAACUCUUGAUGCCAUCGUUAGCAUGCAAAUUUUUAAUGGAUGGAUAAUUUAACGUAAAAAUGGAUAAUCAAGAUUUUGAUUUUUAUCGUACCAACGUAAGUAAUAACGAUCCAGACUAGCCUAAAAUUGAAUCGCAAAUAUCUUGGUUCAGAGUGAAGCAAUUUGACUGAAAUUUUCAGCAUAUUCUGUUUUCAUUAUCUAUUAUUUAACUAUUAUAGCGAGAACUGUCAGCUCAUUAUCUAAUCUUCCGUAUAGCCCCUUUAAGUGGUAAAUAUUUAGUUUUCCAGAACAAUUCGGCAAAUUCUCUACUUGUUAAUGAUACUGAAUAGAGAAUAAUUGAUUGCAGAGAGCCAUAUGUAAAAAUGAACUAAUCUUGUAGAUUUUAUUGUAAAUAAAAUGUUUA